AUGGAAACCGUCCUGCGUGCCUCCGAUGCGCUCAAGAACUUCAGGGAAGCUCGUAUGAGCGCUUUACGACCACCGCAAGAGUUUUUUGACUACAACCGCGUCUCGCGCCCGGCGGAUUUCAACCAGGCUACUUCGCGGAUAUCGUACAACACCAGAUACUUCUCUGGAAACUAUGGCGUCGUUGUCGCCAUCCUUGCUGUAUACGCAGUGAUAACGAACCCACUCCUCCUCAUCUCCCUAGCCUUCCUCAUUGGCGGUUUCGCGGCCAUCAACAAGUUUGCCGCGGACCCGAUGCAAGUCGGCGAUCACACCAUCACGCAAAAGUCGCUCUACACCGGUCUGUUCGUGAUUGGCCUCCCGCUCCUGUGGUGGUCCUCGCCCCUCGGCACCUUCUUUUGGCUCGUCGGCGCGAGCGGUGUACUCAUACUCGGUCACGCGAGCUUGAUGGAGCCUGGCAUCGAGAGCGAGUAUGCGAGCGUGCAGGAAACCGUUUAG